ACACUCCCUUUAGCGGCCAUUUUACAUUUUUCAGACAAAAUAAAAACUUUGGAUAAGAGAGAGAAAGAGAUAUCCAAAACAAGUGGCUCACAAUUCCAUCGAAAGAGAGAGACCACUACCAACCUUUGUGGUUCACCUUUACUGUAAGUGAUGCCAUUUUUGUUAUAAUAUGUUAUAUUUUGGUGUCUCAGAAGCAUUUUAACAAACAGUAACGGUGCAAAGAAGAAAACUUUUCUUUAGUUUCUGCAAAUUGCUAUCUUUCUGUUAUUUGUUCGAUUUGUAUUGUUCUCUGUUAAGAGUUUGUUCUUCUUCUUUGAGCAUGUAUUGUAGUAGUAGUUUCAGCUAUACUUGUUCUGCUUUUACAGACACUGUACUUUUAGUAGCUACUUCUUCAAGUCAAUGUAGUCAUUAUCAUGAUAGUUUUUCAUUUAAAAGAAGAAACUUUAAGAAUAAUUUGAAGGUUUCCACAAAUGGGUACUUGAGAAAACAAAUGGGUUUAUGUGGGUUUGUUAUGACAAUCCCAAUGGAGAAGAAGAAUGUUAUGAUAGCUACUUCAAAUCAUAGUUUGGGAGAUAGGUUGAAAAUUAGGAGAAAACAAAUGAGUUUAUUAUGUGGGUUUGCUAUGAAAAUCCCAAAUGAAGGGGUUAAGGAGAAGAAGAAGAGAGUUGUGAAAUCUUCACAAGAGGUUAUGAGGGUUCUUAAGUCUACCAAUAAGGAUCCAAAUUCUGCUUUUCUUCAUUUUAUGGUUGUUGCUUCUAGUGUUGUUCUUACUACUAAAGCUUGUAAUUACAUGCUUCAAAUCUUGGUGACUCAUAAUAGAGUGGAGGAUAUGGCUGUUGUUUUUGAUUUGAUGCAGAAGAAAAAGGUUAAAAGAAAUUUGAACACUUAUUUAGCUAUUUUUCAAGGUCUUUACAUAAGGGGAGGAAUUCGACAAGCACCCGUGGCGCUUGAGAAGAUGAGAAUGGCUGGGUUUGUAUUGAAUGCUUCUUCAUAUAAUGGGUUGAUAUGUUUUCUUCUUCAGUCAGGGUUUUUUAGGGAGGCUUUGGAGGUUUAUAACAGAAUGGUUAUGGAAGGGAUGAAGCCGGGGUUGAAGGUUUAUUCGGCUUUGAUGGUGGCAUUUGGAAAACAAAAGGAUACUCAAACUGUAAUGAGUUUGUUUAAAGAGAUGGAAGGGUUGGGAUUGAAGCCAGAUAUUUAUACUUUUACUAUAUGUAUUAGAGUUCUUGGAAUGGCUGGGAAAAUCAAUGAGGCUUAUGAUGUGUUGAAGAGAAUGGAUAAAGAGGGAUGCAAACCUGAUGUUGUUACUUAUAAUGUUCUCAUUGAUGCUCUUUGUACUGCAGGUAAAUUCGAUAAUGCAAUGGCAUUGUUUGUAGAUAUGAAAGCGAGUAGUUACAAACCUGACCGUGUUACUUAUAUUACUUUGUUGGGAAAGUUAAGUGAUUUUGGUGAAUUGGAAACUAUGGAAGAAAUUUGGGAUGAAAUGGAAGCUGAUGGUUUUGUUCCUGAUGUAGUUUUUUUCACCAUUCUUGUAAAUGCUUAUUGUAAAGCAGGUAAUAUCGAGAAAGCAUUUGAUACUCUUGAUUUGAUGAAAAAGAAAGGGAUUUCCCCGAAUCUUCGUACUUACAACACCUUGAUUCGGGGACUGUUAAGGGAAAGUAGUUGUGUUCCUGAUGUUUUUACAUACAACUUGUUAGUUGGUGAGAAUGGGAAAAUCAUUGGUGAUAAUGAGAAGUUUGGGAAAAUUAGUAAAUUGUUAUUGGGACUGUAUGAAGAAAUGUGUAGUAAGGGAUGUAAGCCCGAUGCAAUCACAUAUAAUAUACUCAUUUCAAGUUUAGUGAAAUAUAGUAGUGUUGAUAAGGCUAUCGAUUUGUACUAUGAUCAUGUGGGUUGUGAUUUCGCUCCUUCUCCUCAUACAUAUGGUUCACUCAUUGAUGGACUUUUUAAGUUAGGAAGACAUGAGGAAGCAAUGCUUUUCUUUCACGAGAUGGCCGAAUAUGGAUGCAAGGCUAAUCGUGCGAUUUUCAAUAUUCUUAUUAACGGGUUUGGGAAAACAGGCGAUGUGGAAACCGCCCGUCACUUGUUUAGAAGAAUGGUUAAAGAAGGAAUAAGACCGGACCUUAAGACUUACACCGUUCUUGUGGAUUCUCUUUGUCUUUCGGGAAAAGUUGAUGAAGCUUUGUGUUACUUUGAGGAAUUGAAGCAGAGUGGCCUUAGUCUUAAUAUAGUUUGUUAUAAACUUUUGAUUAAUGCACUUGGAAGAUCACAUAGGGUGGAAGAAGCUUUAUUACUCUACGAAGAAAUGCAGUGCAGAGGGAUUUGUCCCGAUCGUUACACAUACAACUCGCUAAUACUCAGUCUUGGGAUCGCGGGAAUGGUGGAGCAAGCAGUGAGUAUGUAUGAAGAACUACAAUUUAAAGGUUUCGAAGCUGAUGUUUUCACCUACAAUGCUCUCAUUCGAGCUUACAUCACAUCAGGAAAUACAGACCAUGCCUUUACAGUUUACAAGAAAAUGUUAGUUGUUGGGUGUGACCCGAAUGUGGAAACGUUUGUACAACUUUCUAAUCAAACUUCCAAUGUGCUUUUUGGUGGAUAAACAUUUCAAUUUUUGCAGAGAUCAAUGGAAAAGUCGAAAGCUGGUGUGGUUCACUGAGGAGGGCAUCUACUGGUGAAAACAUCUAAGCAAAUGGUGGAUCAUUUCAUUGCUACAGUGGCCCUAAAGACAUAGCUUUCCUGAGGUGGUGGAUGUUUUGGAGACGGAAAUUGA